AUGGCUUUAAAGUUGGAUCUAAUUCUUAGCCGCCAAAAGUAGUACAUAGAAGAGAUUUAGCAGAUUUAUAAAGAGCAGUAUUCAUAAUUUCUAAUUCAACCACCAUAGCUUUAGUAUCUUCCAAGUUAAAUCAAAAACAUUAAGUAAUUUAUGCAAAAAGAUCAUUUAUUUACAGGUAUGUAGAUAAAGGAUUGGAAGAGAAGGAUAUUUCAGAAUACAGAGAAGACUCAGAAUAUCUAAUGGAAGAUUAUAUAGAAGCUUCAAUUGAAACAGAGUGAUAGGAAGACGAAGUCUUAAGAAGUUAAAAAUAUUUAAUUAAUAUUAAAAGUUCAAACAAAAUAUUUACUUUGA